GUCCAGACUCCACCCCACCCGCCGCCUCCAUUCUGCUCCGACCUGGUUCUAGAAGCUCCGCCGUUCUCCGGCGCGCCUCAGGUCAGCAGCCAGCAGCCUGCAGAUCUGCCUCAUCUCAGAUCGACGACUUCUGAAUCCACCGGGCACCGGUGAUGGGCCUCUCGCGUCGGUUUCUGAAUCUGAUCGUGGACAAUCGCAUCCCGGGAGCCAAAUCCCUGCACUGCAUUGACCUGAGGCGACACAAGUUGUUCAACACAACAAUACCUGUACUGCAACUGAAAGGAAAAAACAGGUCUGAAUCAGAAUUGCUGCCGCAAGACGCCACGCCUUGGGCUGACGAUCACAAGAACAAGAUAGCUGGGACGACGAGCCCAGUUCCGUCCCAAAGCAUCAACCUCCGAGCCAUGGGCUUUUCAAUGGAAACAUGCGUCCUGAAGCCUAGGGAAACACCUGAGUCUGAGUCUUGUGCAUCUGAUGCCAACGAUCGCAAGAACUAUAACCAGGCAGCAGCUUCAGUUAUUACAAGAAAGAUCCGGACGAUUCAACUUCCCCAACCAAUCAUGAAGUUCCGAUGCUCAAUGGAUGAAUGCGAUUGGUAUCUCGACUGUCUGCCGCUUGCAGGACAUAAGGUGCUGUGUAUCGACCCGUCUGCCCGUACUGUCCUCUUUGAUGUGGGCAUGUUCCAGCUGGAGACCAUUCCCUGCUUCAACGUGCCCAAGCGCUCGCUGUUGCCCUGCUGGAUCCCCCUCCCAUCCACAUCCAGUGCUGAUGCCGCCGCCGACGGCAAUGGCAGCUUCUACAUCUUUGAGAGUUCUCCCUAUCAGGAGGAGCUGAAUGGCGCCAGACAGCAGCUGAGCAAUCAGUUUGUGGCUUUUGUCUACCACAGGGAGUCCAAGUCCUGGCAGAGGCAGCUCCUCCCACCGCCGCCAUUCGUCGAUGACCCUAAGCACUACGAGCACUACAGACACCCUGACAUCACCUCCUAUGCAGUGGUUGAACGAGGUGGCUCCCAUGUCAUCUUCCUAUCAGUGGAUGGCGCCGGCGGUCCUGCCACCUACUGCUUGGACACAGUGACACACACUUGGAGCUAUGUUGGUGACUGGGUGCUACCCUUCAAAGGCAAGGUCGAAUAUGUGCCGGAGCUGAAGCUGUGGUUUGGCAUUUGCACCGAGGGCCGGCAACUGGGCGCUGCUGACCUGUCCACCAUGGACUCCCAGCCUCAGAUAGUAGGCACUUGGAAGGAACUCGAUGCACCUGGACACUGGAGGUGGAGGGAGGCGAAGCCUCCUCAGCUUGUCAACCUAGGCUCUGGCAGGUUCUGCAUCACAAGGUUCUUCCGUGCUCUAUUGAAUUCCAGGUCCUCUGUGAAUCCGAUGGCCUUCUGUGUUUCUGGAUAUGAUGCAGUCGAAGAUUUCACCGUAUUGACUGGUAUCGAUGUGGUGCCAUGUGUCCAUGACGCCCAUGGGACUUCCAGUGACACCUUUAGCGGUGGCAACGUCAGCAAGGGGAAAGUGGAGCUCCAAAUGAUCAAGCACAAUUCAAGACGCCACAUGUCUGAUGGCAGUGAUGGUAACAUUGAGGUAGUGUUCUGAAUAAGUUUGGUUCGUUGGUUGCAGACCCCUUGUGUGUUAUCUUAUCCAUCACUACUAUCAUGCGUCUGAAUAAUUUCAGGGCUUAGUCGCUUAGAUUUCCUGUAAAAAACAACUUGGUAUCUCUUCGGAGCUGGAGAGCUUACUUUACGUUGUCACGAAAGUCUAGCUGUUUUUUUUUUGUUUAGUGCUAUAUGUAUGGUGAUAUUGUCUUUUGCAAUUGUACAACCUGACCGAGUUAUCUUAGUUUUGGCUCGACCAUUUAUGUGGUGACACUGAA